AUGACGAACGUUGCAUAUAAGAUGCUGGGAGGAACCGCAGCAAGGUUGCGCCGAGUACCGAUCCCGCUAUCUGGACUCGGAGGCCCCUCAAUCAACCCACUAGGUUCCAUCUCACUGGAAGUCAUAAUCGGCCCAGAAUUGGGGAUCAAAAAGAAGGUCAUGUCCCUAUUCAACAUAGUGGAUAUGGAACUAACAUAUAAUGCAAUCCUCGGGAGAUCGUUCCUUUACGAUUCAGCUGCAGUAACCCACAUAAGAGCCCUGGCGAUGAAAGUGCCGACUGAGAAGGGAGUAAUAACGCUGAGAGAUGACCAGAACAUCGCCAAAAAAUGCUACAACAAGUCUGUUGUAGAUCUUCAAGAAAGCAAACCAGGGAAGAAAGGAGAGUAG